AUGGAAAAGAACCUGGAUGCGAAUUCUGGCAGUUUCUCUCCCAAAAAGGAGGACAUAAACACGGGUGACACUCCUCAUUUGCCAGUGCCGGAAUCUGAAGAAGCCGCGGAUUCAGAAAAGGCCGGGGAUUCAGAAAAGGCCGAAGAUUCCAAAAAGGCCGGGGACUCAGAAAAUACGGGGGAUUCAGAAAAGGCCGCGGAUUCAGAUAAGGCCGUGGAUUCAGAACAAGUUGCGGGAGAGGAGGAAUCUAAAGAGGAGAAGCAGGGACAAGAAGGAUCCAAAGAGGAGAAGAAGGUAGAAGAGGGAUCCAAAGAGGAGAAGAAGGAAGAAGAAGAAUCCAAAGAGGAGAAGAAGGAAGAAGAGGAAUCCAAAGAGGAGAAGAAGGAAGAAGAGGAAUCCAAAGAAGAGAAGAAGGAAGAAGAAAAAGAAGAAACCGUGGAGGCUGAACCGGAAUCUCCGCCUCCGAGCCUCGAGAAGGUCUCAGAAGAGAUUGAUCAAUAUCUCGUGACAUUACAACGAAAUGUCGAUGCCAAAGAAUCCGCCACAUUGGAACUCCCUACUUUCCUCCCUAUUUUCUUGCAUCUGAUGGAUCAGAAGAUAGCGAAGUACGACACAGGUGAAACGAAAUGGGGAGAAACAACUGAAGAGGAUUCCUCCCUUUUGGAAUGCGUGAAUCGCGUUUCGAAGCUGAUGAAGCAUUUCACAGACUACUCUCAGUCUGACGUAGAGGAAGAACUGGAGGAUAAAGACAUGGACAAGGAUGACGACAUGGGGAAGGGCAAACUGGACUUCAUGAUCAACGACAUCGGCGUGAUUCAGCAGCGCGUGAUGUCGUUUUUGGAGGACGCGUUCCGUACUCUUAUGGAAGAAUCUAGAAACCCAAACAAACCAGACUCGAAAGGAAAACAACCUGUGGCGGACUCCUCGGAGUCCGAACCGCCUGAAGAAAUAGUUCCGGAAUUCCCAGGUUUCACGGAGGAAACGAUAACGAAUCUGAGCAAAAUCGCCAAGGAGAUGAUAGCCGGUGGUUACGAAAAUGAGUGUUACCAAGUUUACACCCUUUCUCGGAGGCACGCGUACGAGGAUGGCAUGCAGAAGCUUCUAGGGUACGAGAAGCUCAGCAUAGAUGAGAUUCAGAGAAUGCAGUGGGAGCCACUGGAACGCGAAAUCCCGACGUGGAUCAACACUUGGAAGGAAUGCACCACUGUAUGGUUCUGCGGCGAGAGAAAGCUCGCCGAAGCGGUCUUCGCCAACGAGACGGAAACCGUGGCGAGCAUCAUGGGCAACCUCUCCCGCCCAAUUGUCAUUCAACUGCUUAAUUUCGCGGAGAGCAUUGCCAUGACAAAGCGCGCCGGAGAAAAACUCUUCAAACUCUUGGACAUGUACGAGACUCUACGAGACGCGAUUCCAAUAAUGGAAACCUUGUUCCCCAAUGACAUUAUCGGGGAAAUCAAGGCCGAGACAACAUCAGCAAAAUGUCGUCUCGGCGAGGCAGCGGUGUUGAUAUUCUGUGACCUGGAGAAUUCGAUUAAAUCGGAGACCGGGAAAACCCCGGUGGCUGGCGGCGCGGUGCAUCCUCUGACACGCUACAUAAUGAACUACCUAAGGCUAGCUUGUGAGUAUAAAGGCACAUUGGAGGAAGUGUUCAAAGAGCAUUCGAAAAUCGAGCGUGCAGAUUCAACGAGCAGACCUCGUUAUGAAACCGAGGAGUGCAAACUGAAGAGCCAGGACAAACCGAAAGAGGUCUCGCCGUUUGCAGCACAAUUAAUGAGGGUGAUGGAGCUUCUGGACUCGAAUCUGGAAGGGAAGGCGAAGCUGUACAGGGAGGUUGCGUUAAGCUGCAUUUUCAUGAUGAACAAUGGAAGGUACAUAGUGCAGAAGAUAAAAGGUUCUGCGGAGAUCUACGAAGUGAUGGGGGAAACAUGGUGUCGUAAGAGAUCGACGGAGCUGAGGACUUACCAUAAGAACUACCAGGUGGAGACGUGGAGCAAGAUUCUGAGUUUCCUGAGCCCUAAAGGGUUGAGCGAUCGCGGGAAGGUGCAGAAGCCGGUGCUGAAGGAGCGGUUCAAGUCAUUCAACGCAGCGUUUGAGGAGAUCCACAAGACGCAGAGCAUGUGGGUGGUGAGCGAUGAACAGCUUCAAUCGGAACUUAGGGUUUCGAUCUCUGCACUCGUGAUUCCUGCGUACAGAUCUUUCUUGGGGAGGUUUUCGCAGUAUUUGGACCCGGGAAGACAAACCGAGAAGUAUGUAAAGUACCAAGCUGAGGAUAUAGAGACUUACAUUGACGAUUUGUUCGAUGGGAACCCGCACGGGCGUCGCUAG